UCUAGAUUCUCACCUGACCACAGAUUAAAGCAACGAUGCUGUUGAAACUGAAUAAAAUAGCAUUUCUUUGUCUGCUAGCAUUAUCAUGCACAACGGUUGAUGCAAGGAGAAGAUCGCGAAUUGAUUUACCGAUUCAAAAUGCAGCAGAAGCUCCACUCGAAGAUAAUCUUGCAACAGCAUCAGCACUAGAGAAGAUUGAAGCAGAGAAAAUUGAAGCACCACCGCCCACAACUGUUCAGUCUGACGUUGCCGAAUCGGAAAAAGUCAGCGAAAGCAACUCAAGUGAAGAAUCGUCAGCGUAUGAAGAUUGUGAGUUGGACAACAUAAGCUUCGAGAUGAUCACCGGAUACGUCUUCUCAGCCCCCGACACUAUGAUGGAAUCAGUUCCUGGCACAUUAAUGUUGACUGAUUGUUUAGAGCUUUGUCAAGCAAACGAUUCAUGCAGCUCGGUCAACUAUGAGACGGGAUUGUGUGUUUUAUUCCAUUCAAACUCAGAUAAAAUGCCGGGUUCAUUGAUUAAAUCACAAUUUCCCGUAUUCACAAUUUAUGCACAAAAAUCUUGCUUGAAAAUGCGUCCUUGUGAGCGUGCAUGGUGCAUUGAUAGAGUACAAGGCUAUGCACUCAAAGACCAUAUCAAGCGAUCAGCAACAGCGAUGUCGAGACAAGAUUGUUAUGAAAUGUGCUUUGGCGAAACUGAUUUCCUCUGCAGAUCCGCUAAUUGGUAUGCUGCAACUGGCAUGUGUGAGCUAUCAGAAAUGGAUCGUUUGACAUUGGCUGGGUCAUCGGCAUUUGUUCCCAAGACGGGAGCUGAAUAUUUAGAAAAUAAUUGUGCAGAUGAACCAACAAAGUUGUGUGAAUUUAAACGAUUGUCGGGAAAAAUAUUAAAGACAGUCGACUCAGUGUAUCAAGAUGUAAGCAGUGUUGAUGAAUGUCGCGAACUCUGCCUCAGCUCACCCUACAGAUGCCACUCUUAUGAUUAUGGCGAUACUGGCGACAUGGUUUGCCGUUUGAGUCAUCAUAGUCGAGCCACUCUCGGCGACAUUCAAGAUCCUUAUUUGGAAGUUCCAGAAGCUGCAACAUAUGAAUUGUCUUCAUGCUAUAACGUCACAAUUGAAUGCCGCGCCGGAGAUAUGAUCGCAAAAAUACGCACGUCGAAACUGUUUGACGGAAAAGUCUAUGCCAAAGGUGCUCCAAACUCAUGUUCAAUUGAUGUCAAGAACUCUUUGGAAUUCGAAUUACGAAUGGGAUAUCAAGAUAUUGAAUGUAAUGUACGUCAAAAUGGCCUUGGAAGAUAUUUGAACGACGUUGUCAUUCAACAUCACGACAUGAUUGUAACGUCAUCGGAUUUAGGUCUUGCUUUGACGUGUCAAUAUGAUUUAACAAAUAAAACAGUCUCGAAUGAUGUCGAUUUAGGUGUCACUGGUGACAUCGAGCCUUCAAUGUCAGAAGAAGUUAUCGUUGAAUCACCGACAGUUAACAUGAAAAUUACAACACGUGACGGAAGUGCAAUGAAAGAAUCAGCAGAAGUUGGUGAUCCGCUCGCAUUAAAAUUCGAAAUUAUGGAUGCUCAAAGCCCUUACGAAAUCUUCGUACGUGAACUUGUCGCUAUGGAUGGUGCUGACAGUGGUGAAAUUACUUUGAUUGACUCACGUGGUUGUCCAACCGAUCAUUACAUCAUGGGACCAAUUUACAAAAGUUCUAAUUCUGGCAAAAUUCUUCUUUCACACUUCGAUGCUUUCAAGUUCCCAUCGUCACAAACUGUACAAUUUAGAGCUUUAGUAACACCUUGCAUGCCAACAUGCGAACCGGUUCAGUGUGAUGAAGAAGACUUUGGCGGAGAAUUGAGAUCAAUAAUAUCGUUUGGAAGAAAACGACGAUCAUUAAACGAUACAGUUGUCGAAGAAAGAAAACGACGAAGCACAGAUACGACAAAGAACCCACAUGAAGAUAUGUUGCUGGUACAAUCAAUUCACAUAACAGAUAAGUUUGGAUUUGCUAGCAAGCAACAACAAGCAAAACCAACGGUAAGCAGCAGCGAAACAGUUUUCUAUGCCACACCAGACUCACACAGCUUCUGCGUCAAUGGACUUGGAUUAAUCGUUGCUGGAACAAUCUUUUUAUUAGCACAAUUAGCGGUGAUUGCAAUUUGGACUGUUAUGUAUCAGCGCCGUCAAAAGCAGCGAGACUUCGACAACUCAACGACCGUUUCAUCACAGAUUCCAUCGAAUAGCAGUCGAACUGAUUCGAUGUGCAAACUUUACGAUACUGGAUAUGCUGGUCGCCAUUUUUAAGAAAAGGAUGAAGGGGAGACGUGUAAACGUAAUUUCUUAGUCUACAAUAACCUAUUAAGCAUUUAAGCUUUGCAAUAUUCUUCUUAUUUGUCUUGCAUUCUUCAAUUAUUUCUCAUAACGAAAAACAAACACAAAAAGAAAAAAAUCUUCAUUAGACAAUCAUCGAGCAUUAAAUUUGAUAGACUGUAAGUUGAAAAUUAAUUGCAUUGAAAUUAUUUCUUCAUUCAGAUUAGAAACAUUCAGAAAGAAAAAUUACAAAAAUGUGGAUUUAAAAUCCUUUCGGUUCUCUUUUUUCAUUGAAUAAUUUUUUUUAAUUUUCAAGUAAAUUAGAAGCAAGAAAAAAAAGGCCAUGACAAUGAAAAUGGUAAUAAUUGAAAGUAAUUAAAUAAUUUGAAAAAGAAAGUAAUUUUAAAUGCAUUUCUGCCGUAGCGCAAUUUAAAGUAAUUUCAAGUAGAUUUAUUAUGCCAAUCGGAACUGAGCGUUCUCGUUAGUUUCUCGCUCAACUAUGGCGAGAUCUGUUCGUAGAAUGAAUGGCAAAAAAUUAAUUUAAUUUAUUUAAAUUUAGUUGUAAGCAUUGAUUUGAUUGGAAAAAAGGACGACAGGAUGUUCUAAUUCUUUUGCACAUCACACUCAUGAUUUUUGGUUUUAAGAAAACAAAAACAAAAUCAAAACAAAAAAGAUGAAAGAAAAAACUUUUGUGGCUUUUCAUUUCGGAUUUUUAAAAAGACAAAAAAACACAAAUAAUUAAGCAAGUAACAAUUUCAAUUCCAUAUCUUCUUAUCCUUUUUUCCGAGAAAGAAAUUUUUCGCAUGAUUACCGCGAGAAAAAAAUUGAAUUCGAUUUCAUAAAAUUUUCACGUUGAAUUUAAUUUUUGCUCGCACAAAGUCGAAGAAGCGAAAGGUGGAUAAGGCGAUGGCUAACAGCUUCGAGAGUUUGCUAUUUUGUGGGUGCACCCAUGAAAGUGUUUUCUCUCUUUUUCACUUAAUUAACAAUAAUAAUGAAGCUGUGCCAAGCCUUUGUCCAAAAGCCUUUAUGACUAGAUCAAUUUUUAAAAAUAAUAGAUAAUUAAUUAUUUAUUUCUCAUUUUAAACUAACAUUUUUUUACGCAACUAUCCCACAUCCGAUAAUUCUAAGUUAUUUAACACAAAAACAUCGCAGACAUUUUUAGCAUGUAAGAUAAUUUUUCAAUUCGAUGGCUCAUGAGCAUCAUGUGAAGAUACAAUCAUAACAAGUUUUUGCGAAGAAAUUGAUAAACGAAAAAAAUUUGUUUCCACUUUCCUUAUCGGAAGCGAAGAAUUGAAAAUUUUUUGACUUCCAACAAAAACAAAACUUAAGUAUUUUGACAAGAAAUAAAGAAAAAGUUUAAA